GGGGCUGCAGUAAGGGUGGUCAUUGUGCAGGCUGAGUCGAGAGAAGUGGGUGACCAUGUUCUCCUCAGACAGGAACUGCUUGCGCAGGGGCUCCCUGGGGAGAGACGGGGAGGCAGGCAGGCUGGGAUAUUCAGAGGAGAGGUAGUCUGAUGGAGACCUGAGGUGACAGAGGGCUUGUUGGGAGUCCCUCCCUACCCCCAAACUCACUGCUCCUCCUCCAGGCGACGCUUGGUGCUCAUGGGCACAGCUCCUCGGAGAGGGGAGCUGGGAAGAAAAGAGAGCCAGGAGCACCCCACCCUCUUGUACCCAUCCCCAGGAUCUGCCCAACUAAGCCUGCAGCGUCAGCCAGGAGCCCCCAGCCCAACCCUGUCUCAGCUGAUGCCUAAGUCACCCCCUCUCCCAGACCAUCCAGAAACCUGCCUCGGAGUCUGUCCCCAGUCUGCAACCCUGUCUUAGCUCAUGCCCAAGCCCUGCCGAUAAACCCCACCGCGUGUCAUCCUGCAGACCAGCCCUGAGGGCCCAGCCAAAGAUCCUGGGCCCCUGGGCCAGGCCCCCCCUAGGGCCCCCACACACACACCUCGCGUCCAGGCCUCGGGACGCCCCUGAGACGGCCCGCGGGUCGCGCUGGGCCCGACCCUGGGGGCCUCGCUCCAGGGGUUGCUGCAGGAUCAUUGGGGUUCGGGGUCCUGCGAGCAGAGGGGUGGGAUCCGGGCGACAGGGGCGGAGCCUCCGAGGGCGUGGCCAACGCGUGGGGCGUGGCUUUAGGCGCGCGCGCGCGGCCAGGUUCCACGCAGGCGCGGAAGACGGACGGCACGCGACUGGAAGGCGGGUCGGUUUAGCGGGGUAGGGGAGGGGACGUGGCGUAGUGGCGUUGAGGAGGGCGCCACUUAGUGUUGGGACCUUCUCGGUGGUCACCUCCGCUCCUGGGACUCGGGUUACGCGGCGGCCGCCUUCACGCCGGGCCGGCCAGCGGUGUUGGGUAGGUGACGCGCCGCGAAAAGGAGGCGCUCGCCAGCACUUCCGGUCUCGUGAGGCUUCGUCGCGCGCGGAGCACUCUGGGACUUUUAUUUCUCGAGAUGGAGCGAGCCAUGCCGCAAGCGGUGCCUCUGGGUCAGGUGAGGGGGGCGCGAUGCGCGGUGCCUUCUGGGGUUUGUAGUCCAUGCCCGGCUCCGAAGGGGCCGGCAAGGAGUCGUGCCCUCGAGACCUGUUUUGCGUGGGCUGUUGGUGGGACUCGGAUUCUGACCCGAGGGAGGGAGAAUAACCCAGAAAUACCUCAGGGGCCUAACAUGAAAAUCAGGAUACGGAUUAGGAGUCAGUACGUUUUUCUGUAUUGGAGUAAUAGAGCCGCUCUUUAAGCGGUUUCUCCGAGGCAGUUCUGUGCGAAGCUUUUUAUAUACAGUAGUUCAUCCAAUCGUGACAAAAUCUCCCGUGAGCUCCUUUUUUUUUUUUUUUUUUUUUUCCGUGAGCUCCUUUUUACAGUUGAGGAAACCUGGAGGAGAGGCUGAGUCCUUGGUCAGAAGUUCCACUAGGCAUCAAGCCUCAACUCUCCCCUUUCUCACCUCCUUCUUCGAGCCACCCCUGGGACUAUAUGGACAGAUGGAAGUAUUUCAGGCCCUGCAGCGGCUGCACAUGAUCAUUUUCUCCCAGAAUGUCUCACCCUGUGGGAAGUUCCUGGCAGCUGGCAACAAUUACGGGCAGAUAGCCAUCUUUAGCUUGUCUGCUGCUUUGAGCUCUGAGGCCAAAGAGGAAAGUAAGAAGCCCAUGGUGACCUUCCAAGCCCACGAUGGACCCGUCUACAGCAUGGUCUCCACUGAUCGACAUCUGCUCAGUGCUGGGGAUGGGGAGGUGAAGGCCUGGCUUUGGGCAGAGAUCCUUAAGAAGGGCUGUAAGGAGCUGUGGCGUCGUCAGCCCCCAUACAGGACCAGUCUGGAAGUACCUGAGAUCAAUGCUUUGCUUCUCGUCCCCAAGGAGAAUUCCCUCAUCCUGGCGGGGGGAGACUGUCAGCUGCAUACGAUGGACCUUGAGACGGGGACCUUCACGCGGGCCCUCUGGGGCCACACGGACUAUAUCCACUGCCUGGCACUGCGGGAGCGGAGCCCCGAGGUGCUGUCAGGUGGCGAGGAUGGGGCCGUGCGGCUUUGGGACCUCCGCACGGCCAAGGAGGUCCAGACGAUUGAGGUCUACAAGCACGAGGAGUGCUCGAGGCCCCACAAUGGGCGCUGGAUUGGAUGUUUGGCAACUGACUCCGACUGGAUGGUCUGUGGAGGUGGCCCAGCACUAACCCUCUGGCACCUUCGAUCCUCCACACCCACCACCAUCUUCCCCAUGCGGGCACCACAGAAACACGUUACCUUCUACCAGGACCUGAUUCUAUCAGCUGGACAGGGUCGCUGUGUCAAUCAGUGGCAGCUGAGCGGGGAGCUCAAGGCCCAGGUGCCUGGCUCCUCCCCAGGGCUGCUAAGCCUCAGCCUCAACCAGCAACCAGCAGCCCCUGAGUGCAAGGUCCUGACAGCCGCAGGCAACAGCUGCAGGGUGGAUGUCUUUACCAAUCUGGGCUACCGAGCUUUCUCCCUGUCCUUCUGACCUCCAGCAACACCCCCACCUCCAUCUCAGGGGUUUGGAGUGGUUUGUUUUUUUCUUUUUUUUAUACUAAUAAAAUUUUGGGCUUUUUUU